UCCCUCUCUCUCUCUCUCUCUCUCUUUUAAUGGAUGUUCUCACUCGAGGACGAUCAUGGCCGCUUUUUCCAACCCUCUGCCCCUUUCCCAGAGCGAUAGAGAGAGAGAAAGAGAAGCAGCAUAGAAGAUCGUGCGUCAGGAAACAUCUUUAUUCGGAAUAGUUGGCAUCACAGACCGGUAUAAUCAUUUUGCACACGCCCACGCGUGAGAGGGACGGAUUGCCAAUCAUCAUGACCCAGGGACGCAGCUGACAUCUCUCUCCAUAUAUCUUGCUUGGAGCUAAGGGAGCCAUUGAUCCGGCGUGAGGUUUAACCAUGGAGAUCGUCCAGAUGCAGAGCCACGACUUGCAGGAGAGCCACGCGAAGGUGAUCCCUCAGCCACUGCCGCAGAUCAACGUCCCACGGCCAGAAUUUGCCGACGCGGUGGAUCCAAGCACCGAGGCGGAGAAGAAGGGAGAAGUCGUGACGGAGGAGCAAGAGAGGAGGAGCGGCGACCGGGUGGAGCAAGAGAGGAGGAGCGGCGACCGGGUGCAGGAGGAGUGCACGACGCCGAAGGGGGAGGCUAGCAGAAUCCCGGCGCCGUCUGUGUGCCCGCCGCCUCCGGCGAGGAGAACACAGCGGCGGAACAAGCGGAGGAGAGAAAUUCCGAGCGAGGAGUUCUUCCCGGUCCCGGAGGACCUGAAUUCCGUGUUCGUCCCACGCAAGAAGAUGAGAGCGAGUUAGAUUUUCUGUUGAUGGAACCGCCAGAUUCUCGUGUACACGCCUCGGAUGCUAAUGCUCCGGCCAGGAAAGCAGUCUCCUCCGGCGAGAUCUGGCGCUUGGAAUGAAAUUUCGUAAUACUGUAACUUGAUGAAAGUUUGAAAGUUUAUUCUUCUCUUUAUUUUUUAUUUCCUUUUCUUCCUUCUAUAUAAAUUGCCCUGUUUGAAUAUUUGAAUUGAUAUAUGUGUGUGAAUUGAGUUCAUGUUUUCAGCUUUGAGAUUUGUAUUAAUUUUAACACUAACUACUCUAGGGUUUCA